CCCGAGUCAUACGAGGUGUGUUGCAUUGAUUGAACUCAGGCGAGGUUCCAAAUAGCACAGAGAGUUGUCAAACCUUACACCGCAAAACAUGGCCGCCCAAUGGAAAACGCUGUGCGAUACAUUUUGGAGUACUCAGUUUUGGCUGCCUGAUGGAUAUACUUGGUCAGAUAUUCAAAGUAAAGACAAUGAUGUCUAUCUACCACAAGUUGCAGAUAUUAAUAUGUCUCUUGCAGUGGGACUUUUGAUGCUCGUGGUGCGAUAUUUGUACGAAAGACUGGUGAUAGUUCCUUUUGCCAAAUUCCUAGGAAUUAAAGAUCGAAAGAGAUAUGUCCAACCCAACCCUGCCCUGGAGAAGGCGUACCACAGCAACAAGGGGAAAGCUUCAGAAGGAGAGCUACAGAUUUUAUCAAAGAAGACAGAGUUGAGCAUACGAGAAGUAGAAAGAUGGUUCUUCAAGAGAAGGUUAAUGGACAGCCAGUCAUCCAUGAAGAAGUUCCGAGAAUGCAGCUGGCACUUCCUCUUUUACUUCUCAGCCUUUGUAUAUGGAGUGUAUAUAUUAUGGGAGAGAGACUGGUUCUGGGACACCAAAUAUUGCUAUAUCGGCUGGCCAAAUCAGCAUGUUGACACUCCACUGUACUGCUUUUAUCUGGCUGAAUUAGGCUUUUACUGGAGUCUGCUAUUUUCUUCACUGACUGAUGUCAAGAGGAAGGACUUCUGGGAGAUGACCACACACCACCUGAUAACAAUUACCCUCAUCUACUUCUCCUGGAUCAUCAACUUCGUCCGAAUCGGUGCUCUCAUUAUUUUAGUUCACGACGUGUCUGACUACUGGAUGGCUGCAGCAAAGAUGGCUAAGUACAGCAAACAUCAGAGUGUUUGUGAGGCGCUGUUCACAUGUUUCUGUGUCAUCUGGAUUGUGACUCGGAUGGUAAUCUAUCCCUUCAGAGUUUUAAAAUCAGUGAUGUUUGAGCUCCCUGAUUAUGUGCCACCAUUCAGCUCUCACAGGAUGUUCGUGGUCCUGCUUUGUGGCCUCCUGAUGCUCCAUACUAUCUGGACAUACCUCAUCCUCAAGAUAGCUCUUCAGAAGUUCACACAUGGAGAACUGCAGAAAGAUGUUCGGAGUGACACAGAGUCUGAAUCAGAUAUGUCAGAUGAGGAUUCGGAGUCAGAACCAACUAAAGCAACAAUGAAUGGAACAGCAAAUCUUAGAACAAGAAAUAACAACGUUACCUACAAGGAAUGAUCACUCAUUUAAGCAGUUACUUCCAAGUAUCAUCAAUGUGUCUUGCAUCUUCUAUUUUGUGUUUAAUAUUGCUCAAAAUAUUGUGUUUAACUUUUGAAAAGUCCUUUCUGAAGAAAAUUUCUGUGUCUCACAAGGUAAUUACUUCGAAGUUGUAAUAAUUGUAAUCAAAUUUCAAACACUAAAUUGUUAAGCUUUGGAUCCUUUCUAUUUUGUAAGUGAAAUUUCGCCUUUCUCCUCUGGAGUGAAUGUAUUCAUAAUAAUCACAACAAUCCAGUUUCAAAUUAGGCCACAGGAUUGGUCAACUUUCUUUGAAGGAACAUCAACAAACAGAUGUUAACUCUGACUUACAGCCAGCAUUUCGUUUUAGAAAAAUGCGUGAGGUAAUGGCAGGGAUGGCAAUUUUCCGCUGAUCCACAGAUUUCCACCGAUUAUAUUUAAAAUUGAUCAAUUCACCUUCUUUCCUUCUCCCUCCUCCCCCCUUCCCCCCAAGAACCCCCAUUCGAUGACACAAUAUUAAGUUUCCAGCUGAAAAUAGAUUUUCCUGUUGCCAUCCCUGUAAUAGUGUCUGUAGUGUGCUGCCUAUGGCACCAAGAUUCUGUCUAGUGUGAAAGACAUGCACCGUUUGUGAUUGAUUCAUACAUUUUGUGACUACUGUAUAGUCAUUGGUUGUGUUCACAGUUAUAACAUAAGGUCAGACA